AUGCCUCGCCCCCCUGCCGCUUGGCCCCUGCCCCCUCCACCUCUUCCUCCCCCCUCCCCCAUCCCCCCUACACCCCUUCCGCCUCCUCUUCCUCCUUCCCCUCCUCUACCCCCCCCUCCCCCUCUCCCCGCACCUCCCCUCCCCCCCUCCAUCUCUCCCACCUCCUCCCGCCCCCCUUCCCCCACCUCUUCCGCCCCCCUCUCCCCUUCCGCCCACUCCCCUCCGACCAUCUCCUCCCCCUUCUCCUCCUCCUCCCCCUGCCCUCCCCCCAACACUCCCACGGCUAGAAGUGCUACUAGCAGGGCUGCCCAACUGCCCUUCUCCUCCUCUCCCAUUCAUCCCCUCCCCUCCUCCUCCACUUCCUCCUCUUGCUCCUUCUCCACCCCCUCUGCUCUGUCCCAUACCCCCUCCUCUACCUCUGUCACUGGGAUUCGCACCUUCCCUGUUACAACUCCCCAUCUCCCUUCCAUUCACACCAGGAGAGGGGGGGGCCGGGGAGAGGAGUGGGCUGCUGCAAGGAAGCAGAGGCCGCUCGAGCCCUUGCAAGCUUGCUAG